AGUUUGCUGACUUUGGGGACGUGGAGAGGUUGCAGGCGGGUCUUACUCCUUUCCUAAACGGGACCAUGGCCUCCUCAUCGCACUGCUUGAAGCUCGCGUUUCUUUUAUUCUGCUUUUCUUUUUGCGUUCUUGCACAGUAUGAGAAAUACAAUUUUCGCAGUUUCCCGCGGCACGAGCUGAUGCCCCUCGACUCGGCGUAUCGCCACGCAUUGGACCAGUACAACGAGGAAAAGUGGCCCGAGACUGUGGAGUUUCUGGAGGUGAGUCUCCGGCUGUACCGGCUGCUCAGAGACAGCGAGGCCUUCUGCAACCUCAACUGCAGCACGGUACGCCUCGACGACGAGACGCGCUUCGCAGAGUUCCCCGAGCUGCACGCCUUCGGUAAUGUGAUGAAGCGGGCGCAGUGUCUGAGGCGAUGUAAACAGGGGUUACCAGCCUUCAAACAGACGAUGCCCAGCCGUGAAACUAUCGAAGAGUUUGAGAAACGGGAACCCUACAAGUAUCUGCAGUUUGCCUACUUUAAAAGUGAUAAAUUGGCCAAGGCUGUAUCUGCUGCACACACUUUCCUCUUGAAGCAUCCAGAUGAUGAGAUGAUGCAGAGGAACAUGAACUAUUACAAGAGCUUACCUGGGUCUGAGGAACAUAUGAAAGACCUGGAGACCAAGUCAUAUGAGAUGCUGUUCAUUCGGGCCGUCCGGGCGUACAAUGGCGAUAACUUCAGAACAUCAGUGUCAGAUAUGGAGCUGGCACUGAGAGAUUUUUUCAAGGUGUUUGACGAGUGCAUCGCAGCUUCAGAGGGGUCCAGACAGAUCAAAGAGUUCAAAGACUUUUAUCCUUCCAUUGCAGAUCAUUACACUGAGGUUCUGGAGAGAAAGGUUCGCUGUGAGACUGAACUGACGCCAGUUGUUGGUGGAUUUGUUGUUGAGAAAUUUGUGGCAACCAUGUAUCACUAUCUCCAGUUUGCCUAUUACAAAUUGAAUGAUUUAAAGAAUGCUGUACCAUGUGUGGCCAGCUACAUGCUCUUUGAUCCCAAUGAUGAGGUGAUGAAGAAUAAUGUGGAGUAUUAUCAUUACCAUAGAGAUAAAUUUGGUCUCACCGAUGAGGACUUCUUGCCUAGAGUGGAGGCAGUUCGGUACCACAAUCAGACAACAUUACAGCUGCAGCUUCUGGAAUUUGCCAAACAGAAGCUCCUGCAGGAUGAUGAGGGUGAAGUUUUAGAGUUUCUUGAUGAAUUCCUUGAUGCUGAGUAAGACAAAUAUUGCAUGUGCACUGAAUAAAAAAAAUAUUAUUGAAGAGUGAAAAGGUCACAAAGGUAUUUUCCAUACUUUACCAUUGUCGCUCUUGUAUUUAUUUUGGGAUUGGUGAUUGACUGGAAGCGUUAGAAUCUUUUACAAGUACAUAUUGCACAUACAUCAAAAGCUCAAAAAGAUAAUGAUUAAUCUGAAUAUCAGUCACUGUCAACUCACUGUGAGAAAUCACUGCCAUGUUUUUAUUUGUUGGUUGGAUUGUUUUAAUAAAGGGUCUUUUGAUUGUUCUUUGCUUUCCAAUGCUGAUUUUAAACUAAUUUAAUAUAGAGUAUCCAAGUUUAGAUCAUUUUGGGAUGUCUCUGUACCAUCUAGUAUGGAAAGUGAGGAUAUUUGGGCAGACCUGAGCUACAAGAACUGAUUAAACACUGAAAAUGUUGUAUUCUUUGGCUGAUAAUUUCAGAUGCAGAUGUUAUUUUAAUAAAUAAUGUGAAUAAGAACAAUAAUGCCUAAAGUUCUGUAAUUAUGACUCAACAUGACCAAAAUAAUCAACAGUCAUAUUCUAUACCUUUCUUGUUGUAUUGUUUUAGUCAAUAUAUAUAUAUAUAUAUAUAUAUAAUUUAUUUAUUUAUUUUAUUUUUUUACCUGAAGUGGCAUGCAGUAAUAUUUUCAUCACUGGAUAAAAAAAGCUGCUUGUGGGUGUGCUUCAGUAUCUUUAUAAAAUCCUUGGCAUUUUGGAAGAAUAGAUUAGCAUUAAGACACCUUUGUCUUUGUCAAUUUUUUGACAAGCCUCACACAAUCUUUUUGUACCAAAUAAUGGCUUAAAUAUGUUGCUGAUAACUUCACAAAGGUUCAUUUGUCAAUAUUUCAAAAUAUGUGUGAAACAGAAUACAAUAAAAGUUUAGGAUGAUCGAUGAAAUCAUACAAA